GUCAACGAUUCCUUCACUCCCUUCAUUUCUCUAACUACCAAUUUUUCUCUCAUGCGCUCUGUUUGAGCAUCGACAAAUGGCGGCACAUGCGUUUAAUCCUCGCUUUUCUAUCUAGAUACAAAGAGAUAAAGCAGGAUGGAGAAGAGGCAAGGCUUCUUUUCGGCUCUGAAAGAGGAGGUGGCGCGCGGAUUAUCUCCGGCGAGGUCUCUGGCCCGGGUCGCUUCGCCAAUGUCGGGCAUUUUCCGCCGGAAGAAGGUCGGCGCGAGUAAUCCUGAGGCGCCGCUGAUUGCGAGAUCGAGCAGCCUGAGGCCGGCGGGGGAGGCUCUGGCGCCGCUGAUGGAGGGUCCGGAUCCGAAUGGAGCGGACAUUGUCGGGUCGAAGCGUGCGGGAUCGGGGCUGGGGCAGUGGGUCCGGGGCCAGCUCAGCCGCAAUCCUUCGCUUCCCGCCGUUAGUGAGAAUAAGGCGUCUGAUUUGAGGCUUCUGCUUGGGGUUAUGGGUGCGCCGCUCGCGCCGGUGCACGUUAGCGCCAUUGAUCCUUUGCCUCACCUCAGUGUUAAAGACACUCCAAUUGAGACUUGUUCAGCACAGUACAUUUUGCAGCAAUACACAGCAGCUUCAGGAGGGCACAAGACUCAUAGCUUGAUCAAGAAUGCUUACACGCUAGGGAAGGUAAAGAUGAUUGCCUCGGAGUUCGAGAGCGCGACGAAGGUGGUGAAGAACAGGAAUGCCGGGAGAGCCCCUGAGUCGGGCAGCUUCGUCCUCUGGCAGAUGAAUCCGGAUAUGUGGUACGUGGAGCUGGCAGUCGGGGGGAGCAAAGUUCACGCUGGAAGCAACGGGAAGCUCGUGUGGAGGCGCACUCCCUGGCUCGGUGCACACACUGCAAAAGGCCCUGUUAGGCCCCUGCGCCGUGCCCUUCAAGGCCUUGAUCCGUGGACCACGGCUGUUAUGUUUGCGAAUGCAGUGUGCAUUGGGGAGAAGAGUGUGAACGGGGAGGAGUGCUUCAUCCUCAAGGUCUCUGCUGAUCAGCGCACGCUCAAGGGGAUGAGCGAAGGGCCAGCUGAGAUCAUCAGGCACGUGCUGUUCGGGUACUUCAGCCAGAGGACGGGGCUGCUCGUUCAGAUGGAGGACUCCCAUCUCACGCGCAUCCAGUCCAAUGGUGGGGAGGCUGUGUACUGGGAGACCACCACCAACUCGUACAUGGAUGACUACCGGUCCGUUGAAGGAGUCAUGGUUGCUCACUCAGGCCACUCUGUGGUCACCCUUUAUAGGUUUGGGGAGAGGGCGAUGAGUCACACUAAGACCAGGAUGGAGGAGGCGUGGACAAUUGAGGAGGUGGCUUUCAAUGUUCCGGGGCUCUCGGUGGACUGCUUCAUCCCACCGGCUGAGCUCAGGUCGGCCGAGGAAGACAUGGGAAGUGUAGUGUGGAAGGUAGAAUAUUGAUGAAGAGUGGAAGCAGCUUGCAUCAAAUGUCUAUAUAUAUAUGAGUAGGCUGUUUUUGCUAUACUAACACGGCCUAAGUAGUAAACAAGGUUGAGUUUGAUAAUGGUGAACUGAUGUUGUAAGAUGGAGGAAAGGAAUUAAGGUGUUGUAAUUUUAUUAUAUAUCAAUAUUGCAGAAUGAAUGAAACCCAUCUUGAAUAUUA